AUGCCCAAUUCAUUCUGGUACCAUUAGUUGUAAAAUUGAUGAUGCUGGUAGCCAUGAGAUUAAUGGUGUUCGAAGGAGGGACGUUCUUAACUGCUUUGGGGCUGCCAUUAGCAUGGAAUUGGUGGCAAGCUCCAGCCCAAUCUCAUGCCCAUUCAUUGAGGCAGCUAAUGUUGCUGAUUUGAUACAAAGAAGACAGCGUUCAGACUUUCAAUCAAGUAUAAAGAUGACCCUCUAUAAAGCCAUUAAGGCAAAUCCAGAGCUGAUUUCACCCCUAUUAACAUUAGCACUUAAUGAUUCUAUGACAUAUGAUAAGCCAACAAAAACUGGAGGCCCUAAUGGAUCCAUACGCUUCAGCUCUGAGAUUGAGAGACCAGAAAACAAAGGACUUUCUGCUGCUUUAUCAAUGGUGGAAGAAGCAAAAAAAGAGAUCGAUUCUUACUCUAAAGGUGGACCAAUUUCAUACUCCGAUCUCAUCCAAUUAGCAGGUUUGGUGUUUGUCAGAAGUAGCCAACAUAUCCACAACAACUUUCCCCCAAACGAUGAGGACGAAAGUACCCUCCACAUCACUGAGUUGCCAGUUAGAAGGUGGACACAGGAGUAUAAGGAGUUUUUGGAGGUUGCUUCAACUGCUGGAAAAGAUAAGAAACCUUUCAUAGAGGGAAUGGUUCUUUCUGAAGCUAAGAAAAUAAUUGAUUCAUGCAUGGCUGCAAAGAUUGGUAGGGUUGAUGAAAGUGAAUAA